AUGUCCGCGCAUGACUCCUCGGCGGUGGUCCUCAUCGCCCGCAUGAAUGACAUUGAGCGACAGCGCCGUCUGCUGAGCAUGAGCCAAAGGGAGCAGGAAGCCAAAAUCACCUUCGUCACCGCAGAAAAGGAGCAGCUCAUGCAGGCUGCCACGACUGCGGGGGACGAGGAGGUGCAGCUGAAAGAGGACCUCGAAGUCCUCGCCACAGAGCAGCAGCAGCUGGAGCUACAGAAGAUGGAAGCCAUAGACCGCCUGCGCAAGACGCAGGAAGAAGAGGCGCUGCACACGACCGCCGUCGAGGCGGACCUGCAAAGGCUAACGAAGGAAAAGGCCCUCUGGCAAGAGCGGGCACAGGAACUCGAGUCGCUGCGGCGCUCGUGGGAGGAGGAUGAAGCUACCUCCGCCUGCAUCGCUGCGCUGCGACAAGAGAGCGAAACACUCGCGUUGCUGAAGGUCGAAAAGACGACUGUGGAGGAUGAGGUCGCAAAGACGACGGCUGCUAUUGAGAAAGUGCGAGCGGUGCAGCCGGGACGACUCGCGUGCGUGGAUCCCAUUGGUGCCCCCGCGGGUGCGGUGCAGGUUGCUGGAUUGGCUAGAACGUUGGCAUCCAUGCGCGACUCGGCGUUGAGAGAGGGAAACUCCGCCACAGUUGCGGCCCACGAUACCGCAGCUGCUCUAGAGGAGGAGGUCAAGAGGGCUGACUAUGAGGCGACACAGGCGGCAGCUCGUCAUGGGCGAACCAUUGCCGCCUUACAGAGAGAAGUGGACGCGCUUUCCAUACGGGCUAGCGAGCUGCAGCAGCUGUUCUCCAGCAUUGGGGCGUCGUGGCAAGAUGUGCUUUCCCGUAUGCAAGAACUUCAGCAGUGCAAGGGAUCAGGGAUUUGCCGCCGCUGCCUCACAUAG